UAUCAGCUGUCUGUCUGUCUGCCUCACUCACUCCCUGUCCGCCUGUCUCUACGUGGCCUGAAACCAUCCGCAAUGAAUGAUCAAAGCUAACUUAGCUAACUUAGCUAAGUUGAACUUCGGACAGCAGGGAAAUAUUUCUGUUGCCUGUCAGAGCUGAUAUGUGCGGUAGUGUCAUUGGUUGUGAUAUUCCUACACAUCGUAAUUUAACUUUACUUCCUGUUGCAAAGGUUACGCUUUGUCAUUUUGGACAGUCUAAGUUGACAUUGUUAUCAGCUGAGUGUAACGUCAACGUUUCUGUAUAACGUUACACCAACUGUCAAAAUGCCUUUUGUCAGUAGCCGUAACGUUAGGUUACAUAACGUUACCUCCGUGCAUCAUUCAUAAUAUUGCCUUUAUCGCAUUUGAAUGCUACCUGGGACUACAUUCCAGGAAAAGAUGCCAGGUGCUGGUCCAUGGGUGUAAGCAGACUGGAUAUAUUUUACAGAAGGCUGCUCCUCACCAAACUCUUCAUUGGGGGAUGGGGGAAGCCUGAAGACCUCAAGAGAAUCUUUGAGUUCCGUAAGAUUAUUGGAGAUAGAGAAAAGUGCAAGUCUCUGGUGCCUAAGAACUACCCAGUUUACAUAGACAAGACAGAGGAGCACGCUGACUGUCAGAUCCACGAUGGGUUCUUCAUCUCUCCUCUGGAGCACUUGGUUCCUGGAAUCCUGCCACCAGAGGCUGUCAAAGCCAGAUUCCAGUUUAUAGUUCCUAAGAGGUGGCAGAAGAACAGACCAGUAUGUAUCCACUUGGCUGGGACAGGAGACCAUUUUUUCUGGCGUCGGCGGACCCUGAUGGCCAGGCCCAUGAUUAAAGAGGCAGGAAUGGCUUCACUGCUUCUGGAGAACCCUUAUUAUGGCUAUCGUAAACCCAAAGACCAACUGCGGUCCAGUCUAAAGAAUGUGUCAGACCUGUUUGUGAUGGGAGGGGCUUUGAUCCUGGAGUCGACAGUGCUUCUCCGUUGGCUGGAGAGAGAAGGUUACUGGCCACUAGGAAUGACUGGCAUCUCAAUGGGCGGAUAUAUGGCGUCCCUGGCGGUGACUAACUGGCCGAAGCCCAUCCCUCUGAUUCCCUGUUUGUCCUGGUCCACUGCCUCUAGUGUCUUCACCACGGGAGUGCUGAGUAAAGCAGUGAACUGGACAGAGCUGGAGAAGCAGUAUGCCAUUAACUCAGUGUUUGAAGAGGAAAUCAUUAAUCUGUUGGAGUACUGUGGGGCGGAUUCCUUUAAGAUGGGUCCAGAACUUGUGAAGAAUACAGACACUCUAGAGCAUCUGCUGGGCCUGUCUGAAGUUGACAAAGCGUCACUGGGUCAGAACUCCAAAGCUGGAGGGAAAGCUGAGGCUGGGCGAGGCCUGUUGAUUGGUGGAGGCCCUGAAGGUGCCGGGGCUGGAGACAGGCUAGACCAAUUCUUAUCAGUGAACAGCAGUGGGACGAGCUUGGGCACUCUUCCAAGAAGCCUUCAUGCAAACAACACACUGCAUGGGAAGAAGACCGAUUCAGGCAAAUGCUGUCGGCCAUCAUUACAUAGAGAAUCAAUAAGCUUCAUGAAGGGAGUGAUGGAUGAAUGUACACACAUGGCCAACUUCUCUGUCCCUGUAGACACCAGUCUUAUCAUCGUGGUCCAGGCCAAAGAGGAUGCCUACAUUCCUCGGACAGGGGUCCUCAGCCUGCCGGAGAUCUGGCCAGGAUGUGAAGUCAGAUAUCUGAAUGGAGGACACGUCAGUGCAUACCUGUUUAAACAGAACAUCUUCAGACAGGCCAUAUACGAUGCAUUCAACAGAUUCUGCCUGAAGUAUCCCAACCUGCACUAGACGUCACAGACUGUAGCCCUUUUCUCCCUGGAACAGCACUACGACCUGUGGCUGGACCGUGGAAAAAGCAGCAUCUGUCCACAGACCAGAAGCAUCAGCAUAAAGUAUGGCAGUUAAGAUCUCUUCUGCAGAGACAUGAUGGGUCUGAGCUUUACAGACUAUCCUGAGAUAAAGUUUUUAUUCUUCACAUUUCCCACUUCUAGAAAGAGAAUGGUGUGUGCCCUUGUGCAACUGUAAAAGUAUUAACAGUGUUGUGGGGUAUUCCUGCCAGCAUGUGGUUGUCAAAAAAACAUUCAGUUCCUUCAGUUCCACUUUGAUAAAAAUCACCCCCUACACAUGAGGGAUUCACAGGAAACGAUGCAGCAUGUCAUUAGAUCUCAUUGCUAUCAGUCUCACUGUUUACUGUUCACUCCUACAGCUGUAUCAGUGCUGGAAGUUACUGCUAAUGCUAACCCAACAUGACAGGGUGCACACCUCCAACUCCUCAGCAAUGUUCCCUGCUGUGUGUGACUAAACUAUUGGUGCAGUGUGCUGCAGUGUUGACUGUCUGCUUGGCUGCACUGUAAACAGAUACACCAGUUGCUCUACUGUACCCAAGAGAAGUGGGAACUGAUGAGGAACCUUAUAACUUUUCCUCGUCUGCCUCGAGCUUGCAGCAAAAUGUCCAACUUGGGAAGCCAGAGGAUCUCACAGGUGUAGUAUUUCCUAGAACAGCUCGGCUUUCAGUUGCUGGCUGGAGAAAAGGAAAACGCAAAAUUACCUGUUUUGUAUCUUUGUUAUUGUUAAUACUACUUACUUACUUAAAAGACAGCUUUGCUCACUGGUCCACCAGUAGUCUUUCUGUUGGACAUCCUGUCUGUGAAACUAGAGGGCUGUGAGUUUUUGACAGAGACAUUCUUGGACCAACAUAACAAGACGCAAUGAAGAAUGGUAAGAGCUUGGCUUACUUAGUCCAGAUGUCAUGUUAUGUGCUACAUUUGAAAGUAUUAUGCUAUUAUGUGUUGCAUACAUAUACUUAUGCACAAAGGAUGGAUUAUGAACAUGUCUAAAAAGAACUAAAGUGUUUAAGGUUAGGACUGGUUCCCUCUUUCCUGCAGUAUGUUUGCUUCAACAGAACUCACAUUCUGUGUCUCCUAUGAACAUAUGACUCAUUUUCUUACUUUUUUUCUUCAACUGAUAAACAUUGCCUGUCUGCAUCACUUUCACUGCAUCCACUGAUCUUCUGACUUGGGUUCCAAUAGUUGCAGGGCCCAAACCCAGAACCAUAGUUUUCUCAGUGAUUAAAUAUAAUCAGCACUAUAGUUCUAGUAAGAACUCAGGUUGAAAGAGUGAAGCUAAUCUCUCUCCGGACACGUGUGUGUCCAUGUGAUGAAAAUGAGUUUUAAAUUAUAAAUGCAA